AUGCGGAUGUAUGCGAGCCGCAUGAGCGCUAUGCGCUCUGCGAUCCAGCACAGUCGAAGUGCACCUCGCUGUGCUGUGCCUGUGCGGACACGAAAGCUGUAUACCUCCUCUCCUGUGGCCCAAAAGGCUCGGCCAGAGCCGGCGCCCUCGUUUCAAUCCGUGCGCAAGUCGCCCUCACAGCUGCUGAGCUAUCGGCCUGAGGAGCUCGACCACACUUUUAUCGGGAUGUCUGGUGGUCAAAUUUUUCACGAAAUGAUGCUUCGUCACAAGGUGCACACCGUGUUUGGCUACCCCGGCGGUGCUAUCCUGCCCGUAUUCGAUGCCAUUUACCAGUCGAAAAACUUUGAUUUCGUGCUGCCUCGCCGCGAGGAUGGUGCAGGUCACAUGGCUGAAGGCUUUGCUCGCGUCAGAGGUGUGCCAGGCGUAGUACUGGUCACGUCCGGACCAGGUGCUACGAAUGUCAUCACGCCCAUGCAGGAUGCCAUGAGCGAUGGCGUGCCUCUCGUUGUGUUUUGCGGGCAAGUAGCUACGUCGGCGAUCGGCUCUGAUGCGUUUCAAGAGGCUGAUGUCGUCGGUAUUAGCCGCAGCUGCACAAAAUGGAACGUCAUGGUGAAAGACGUGGCCGAGCUGCCUCGUCGCAUCAACGAGGCUUUUAAAAUCGCUAUGAGUGGACGCCGAGGUCCUGUGCUAGUGGAUCUUCCGAAGGACGUGACUGCGUCUGUUUUGAAGCACCCCAUCCCAUACUCGUGGACGAGCCCUGAGCUGUCUGAGAUGCCCAGCCGUGAGACGGCUAUGCAGCGCAAGUCUCGUCUCGGCGGCAUGCUGACGCCUGCUGAUAUCCAGUCAGAGAUUGAACAUGCGGCGCGCCUGAUCUCGAUCGCUCGCCGUCCCAUCAUCUACGCAGGUCACGGUGUCUUGUCGCACGAGGAUGGUCCGACGCUGCUGCGCGAGCUGGCCAUCUCGCACAACAUUCCUGUGACCACCACGCUGCAUGCGCUUGGCGCGUUUGAUGAGGAGCAUCCCCUGAGUCUGCACAUGCUGGGUAUGCACGGCUCGGCUUAUGCGAACUUGGCGAUGCAGAGUGCCGACCUUAUUAUUGCGCUCGGAGCCCGUUUCGACGAUCGUGUGACGGGCCGUGUUGACAAGUUUGCGCCCAUGGCUGAUGCUGCUGCUGCUGAGGGUCGGGGUGGCAUUAUCCACUUUGAUAUCAUGCCCAAGAACAUCAACAAGGUCGUGCAGGCCACAUGCGCCGUUGAGGGCGAUGUGACGGAGAAUCUGCGCCGCACGAUGCCCUACAUCGCGUCGCCGCCCGACCGCAGCGAGUGGCUGGAGCAGAUUCAGGUGUGGAAGAAGCGCUACCCCUUCACCUACGAGCCCUCGAAGCCGGAGAACCGGGAGCUGAUGAAGCCGCAGGAGGUAAUCGAGGCCCUCGACGUUGCCGUGCAAUCGCACAAGGACCGGGUAAUCGUGACGGCGGGCGUGGGUCAGCACCAAAUGUGGGCUGCGCAGCACUUCCGCUGGACACACCCACGAUCGUGGAUAUCGUCGGGUGGCUUGGGCACGAUGGGCUUUGGUCUGCCGUCCGCUAUCGGUGCCAAGGUAGCCAGGCCAGACGGCUUGGUGGUUGAUGUGGACGGCGAUGCGAGUUUCAGUAUGACCGCCAUGGAGCUGGCCACGGCCUCCCAGUACAGCAUUGGUGUCAAGGUGCUGCUUCUCAACAACGAGUUCCAGGGCAUGGUGCUCCAGUGGCAAGACCUGUUCUACGAUCGCCGCUACUCGCACACAGAGAUGCACAACCCCGACUUUGUGAAGCUAGCCGAGUCGAUGGGUGUCAAGGCCCUGCGCUGCGACUCGCUUGACGAGCUGCCGGCCAAGAUGAAGGAAUUCAUCGAAUACGACAACAACAGGCCCAUCUUGCUCGAGGCACGCGUGGUCAAGACGGAGCACGUCUAUCCCAUGGUGCCAGCCGGCAAGUCGCUGGAGGAGCAAGUGCUGCACCCGUCGUUUGCUCCGCCUCCGCCGCGAGACCCCAUGUAG